AUGCCAGAAGUGGGAUUAGACAGGGCGUUUCUGCACCGAUGUUGCGUGCAGGUGUCAUCUGCCUUGGCGGAUGAUGCCGCAGUGGCGGCGGAGAUUCAACACACCCUGCGCUUUGUACGCGAUCAUGCCUGCAAAUACCCCGGGGAAAUCACGCGAGCGUUAAUAUGGCGUGUAGUAGACACCGACAACAACGAGGUGCAAGACCGACUAGGUGCAUGGUCGGUGCUCAACGCCGUCCUUGCCGAGUGUGCCGACAUUAAGCAGCCGCUCUCCUCCACUGCAAUAGCGGAAAAGAUUAGCCUCUUCUUGCCAUAUCUCAUUACGUACCGGUGGUACUCCAUCCAUAGCGUGUCGUCGAUGAAUAGGGCGCGUUCACUGUCGGCAGUUGCACUCCUAAGUGAGUACGACAAGGUGGUGCCUGCAUCCGUGCUUACUGGCGACGAUUCGCGACUUGGCGAUGCGCAGAAGGAGGGAGAGAUUCGAGCCAAAUACCGUGAGUUUCUAACUACUUGGAAGGCGGUAUGGCGUCAUGAUGUCUAUCAGCGCUUUAAGGAAGCCGUGCGUCGGACGGAAGGCAGUGGGAACAGUCUUUCAUCAAAGGAGCGGCCAUAUCUAGAUAUUCCCGCUACAUUCCGGGACAGUUUGCGUCGUUUGCGUCGUCGCAACCCUCGGCCAUCUAUAGCCUUCCAUGUACUUAGUUGCUAUGGGUGGGUGCCACCCACAGAAGCUGAAACAGCACCAACUGAGCCCAUGAGAGGGCUGAAUGGAACCAAUGAGGGUCAAAUUAGCAGCAACAAUGACUACGCCAAGCGUUGCCCGGUGGUGCCAAAAAGCAUAACGGAGAUUGAAAAACUUGACCCUGCCGCCCACCCGCGUGUACGUCAAUGGUUGCGAAAAUUAGUUGAGGAAGGUGGUGGAUGUCGUCUAUGCGAUGUCUGGAACCACACGGAGACACGAUGUCCUUGUGAACUGCCGUUUAUCAAAGUUCCUCCGCCAGAGGGUAGUUUGCAUCUUCAAUACCGGCGUCGACGGACUGAGCGGACGAAUAUGUCGUACCUGGAGGCUGUGGAGAAGCUCUUCCGCUACGGUAUCCGGUUACCGCUAUCUGUAGAGAAAACGUUGGAUCGCAUUGUCUCACUUAUAAAGGACGAGGCGUCAUACGAGGAGUUGCUUGAGGCAUUUGACACCGUGCGGGGUGCAAUUACUGGCCCGCUUGAGCGCCAUGCUUUGUGGCUGCAUGCAAGUUACAUGUUGAUGCCAUCGCGGACAGUCUUUGACAAACCGAGCGACGAUGCGCUUAGUCCCGCCAUGGAGAAGGCGGAGAAACAUUUUAAAGUGCAUCGCCGUUUUCGUGAGUGGGAUCAACUGCUGCAGAGUGUAGAAGUGCUUGAUAGCCAAUACCGCCGCGCUGAAUUGUCACCCGCGUUGCGCCGGAAUAUUGAGGAAGUGCGUGAAACAAAGUCCUUCUUUUUUUGUCUUAUUGAUGGCUCUCAAUCUGCGGAGUACGUUCCUCAAUCCUACGCCCGUGUGCCGGAGGAGGUGCUGCAGCUUCGGCCGGUGAAGGACGUUUUGUGUACUGUUUGCCUCGAACCGUUUCACGUGGCGGCGCGGUGUUCAAAAGGAACCGAACCAUGGGACUUGUCUGUUGCACGUGUCCUGCUGGAGGAGCACAACCUCCUUAACAUGAAGUUUCCGGAGGAGCGCCACAUGUUCGAUAAAGUCCUCCGCACUAUUGACGAGGAUGACCGCAAGGCGAAGGAGUUUCGAAAGAAGGAGCUCUGCUUAGCCGUCAAGCUCGUGCAUGAGGGUCGCGUGCCGUACUGCAGGCUCUGCAACAUCAUGGGCCACGGUAUUCGCCGCUGUGAGGAGGCCGCACGCCGCACACUGCACCGGCACAAAAUUAAGGAUGUGGACAUGCGACUCAACCCACACCUUGUGCAGAGAAAAAUCAAGCAACUCCGAGACGCAAAUGAUGAGCGGGAGGAAAGGUGGCUCACAGAGGCAUGGGAAUUGCUGGGCAAAGGCCGGACGUAUCCUGACAGCUUCCUCAGCGCCAUCCGUGAGCUUGAGGACGCUCGCAUUCCGCUUGCGGCGGCACGCUACAGCACGGACGCGGUUCAGGGGUUUCUUCUUUUUAUUAAAUCCAAUGAUCUUCUGCAGCACCUGCAACCGCUGCGGGAUGAGCGGUUUCCGGAAGUGUGUCUCUUCUGUGAUUCCUACCAUCAUGGUUCUGAACUCUGCGACCGCGCCAACGCGGAGGAGCGAGGUUUCCUGAGCGAACUGCGGCGCUACGGUCUGACGCUGUGGCAAUACCUCCGGGCCCCAGAGCGCUAUGACGAGCGCUUUCCGACAGACUAUCCAAAGGGUCGUGAGACGGUUCUCGGGCUUGCGCGUCAGUUCGAGGAGGACUACAGUCCCGGUGGCAUUGCACGUGUGCGGUUUGUUGAGAACAACGGCCUUGAUGGCGACGUGACAAGCCCGGUGGCGGCUGGUGGAAUGUUGUCGUUUGGCAGCUCACAGCGUUCUUUUUACGGCGGCUCCUCGUACGGCAUCCCUUUUUCGCAGCUCGUUCUGCGUCCCGGUGAAAAUUAUGGCAAUAACAACAACAACGACAGCAAUAAAAACACAAUAGAGGCUGCCGCGGUCGCGAUGAGUGUGCAUGAUAGCAGCAGCAGCACAAAUGGCAUCACCAUGAGGAGCUCCUUCGGCUGGCCUAUUGGCGGGGAGACGCCGACGGAGAUGGUAAUGGAGCCAGCAGCCACCGUGGAGCCUUUUCUUGACAUGGCCGGCGGGCAUGGCGGCAAACGGGGCCGAGAGGCGGACGAUGACUCGGUGACGAAGUCCGGCAGUGGCGAUGACGAUGACAACGAGGAGGACGACGACGACAUCAACGCCAAACCCCACGCCAACAGCGGCGAGGAGGAAAUACCCUUGUCGAUGAUGCUGCAAAGCAGCUGCGGUGAAGCAGACGGGCUUGGCCACGUGGGGCGGCGCUUCCGGCUGGAGACCCGGAGGAAGGAGGAGGAGUGA